AUGAUAGAAUUGCAUGUGGUACUGCUGGAAAACAUGCUGGUCUUUCUGACGAAGCACAGCGAUGGUAACAAAUUGCAAUUGAAGACGCUGGAACCAUCAAAAGAGACGAAAUGGUCGCCAAUAAUGCCGCUGGCUCCCUUGAUCGCAAAGGAGAAGGCAAACGACAAACGGGCAUUCUUUCUCGUAUUCAACAGUCAGUAUGGUGCUCAGAUAUACGAGCUUGUCGCAGCCACGGCAACUGAGAGAAAGACGUGGUUCAAAUUAAUAUCCGAUCAAAUCGAAAACGACAAGAAGCAUCAAACCCAAGGAAUAGAGCACUGCAAUUUCGAAGUUGGCACUAGUUCAUCAUUGGAUUCAGAUGGCUUAGCCAAGGUCCAUGUGCUGACACACCCUCGACUGGUUCAUGCGUCAGAAAUUACGGUACAACAACCUACAGUACUGGAACAUGCACAACCAGUGCUCACUCCCACGGAACGAUUACGGCGGAGCGAUGACGUCAUCUUUCAAGCUCUGCUCACCAAGCAAACAAUUCUGGCACAAUUUUUACCUGGCGACAAGAAGGGCAGAACGGAAGAGCUGGAGAAGCUGACGGAGUUGCUAGGCGGUCUAGCUGUUGCAGAUUUGAAGCAGCGUGACUGCAAAGAGCUAGCUAUGUCGGCUAUAGUCCAUGGAAAUAGAUUGCUCGACAGUAUAAACCAAGGCAUGAAUGCACGCAAGGAAGCUGACGAAGCGAAUCCUGGCGCUUCGCUGCUCGUUCUGGAUGACGUCGAGAAGAAUUUGCCUUCUGUGCCUUGCUACAAGCUGACUGCCAUUGCUGCACCCUUGAUGAACCACUUGAAAGCCUUGAUGCAAGUGAUACAAGAUCAGCAGACGGAAUUGAAUACAGUAAAGCAACAGCUGUAUCAUUACAAAGAAUUGGCUGAGUGCGGCUCAAGGGAUCGAUCAGUAAGCGAGGAAACGUUAACUGAAUGUGCAACGGAUCAGCAGGAACGAAAGCUAAUGACGAAACGUCAACGAACGCCAUCUAUACAACCAGUCACAUGA